AUGGCAAUUGAUAACGGAAAUCCUUCUGCGACUGUUGCUGCAACGACGAUAGCCUCAUCAAGCCGCACUGUUGUUCCUCCGACUGAGAAACCGGAGAAAUUUUCUGGAAAAUUCACUAUUAAAAAGCCUUUAGUGCUUGUUGCGGACAUGCCGGAUAAUGAGAAGUUCAUGAUUGUUGAGGCAUGGAAGCAGGAAGAUUUUCUUUGUAAAGGCUAUAUGUUAAGCUCUUUAGAGGAUGACUUGUACAAUGUGUACAGUGCGAUGAAUACUUCAAAAGAAUUAUGGGACGCACUUGAGAAGAAGUACAAGACGGAAGAUGCAUGCUUGAAGAAGUUCGUGGUUGCCAAGUUUCUAGACUAUAAAAUGAUAGACAACAAAACUAUGGGAACCCAAGUUCAGGUGCUUCAACUUAUUUUUCACGACCUUAUUGCUGAAGGUAUGGUCAUGAAUGAAGCAUUUCAAGUGGCUCCAAUGAUUGAAAAAUUGCAUCCUUCGUGGAAAGAUUUCAAGAACUAUCUUAAGCACAAGCGCAAAGAAAUGAAGUUGGAAGAUCUUGUGAUACGUCUAAAGAUUGAGGAAGACAACAAAACAGUCGAGAAAAAGUCUCGUGGAAAUUCAACGAUCAUGGGAUCUAAUCUCGUUGAGGAGACUGCUCCAAAAGUAAGAAGAAGAGGUCUUCUGGACAGACUAAGGAGUAGAACAAAAAUAAAUUCAAGGGAAACUGCUACAAUCGUGAAAACGUUGGAUAAAAAGAAGGGACAAGCCAACAUAGUGGAGAAGAAUGAUGACAUUGAUGAUCUUUGUGCAAUGCUUUCGGAAUACAACCUAGUUGGAAAUUCGAAUGAGUGGUGGAUCGACUCUGGAGCCACUCGAAAUGUUUGUGCUAUCAAAGAAGCAUUUGCGACUUACUCUACUAUUGGUCCCGAAGAAGAGAUUUCCAUGGGAAAUAAUGCAACAACCAAGAUUGAAAGUUAUGGGAAGAUAUUCCUGAAGAUGACUUCAGGCAAGGUGUUAACGAUCAACAACGUUCUCCAUGUUCCUACAAUUAGGAAGAAUUUAGUUUUUACUUAUUUACUUGUAAAGAAUAGAUUCACAUGUGAUGAAGCAAUUGAAACAUUUACGCAAUACAAGAAUGAAGUAGAGAAUCAAUUGAAUAAAAAGAUCAAAAUGAUUAGAAGUGAUAGAGGUGGAGAAUAUGAAUCUCCGUUUGCAGAAAUAUGUUCG